GAGUUGCAAUAUCUCGAUUUUCAACACCCUUACGUCAUCUUUCGUGGCCGAUUGGUGUGAAAGGAAUCCGCAUUUUCGUUUGCAUUUUUUGAUUUGAGAUUCUCCACACCUUGCUUCUCUAGUGAUGCUGACAUGACUUGCUAGUUUGGAAUGUCGUCCCGCCGUCCUUCUCGAUUUCGAUCAUUCGCGAGCCGCCGCGAGUCCGCAAGGACGCCACUUUUCGUCAUUCGCCUGGACGAAGUGUCUAGAAUGCGGAAGUGGAAUGAAUUUACUUUCUUGUAACGGUCUGUGUUCCAUCUUGAGAGAAGAAAGAAGGAGAAACAGAAGGACGUGCAACCGAGCAGGCUCGGUUUAGUCGGGUGUCUCGACAAAUUAAGCGGGUCAGGUUUGGGAAUUCACAUCUAGAAACUUAUGGGGUUUGGGAUGAGUUCGAGAUUGUAGCAGGGCGGGGCGUGCUGUCCUGCUGUGAUUCCUCAAUGCCAUUUCGGUGUUCCCGUUGGAAACUAUAUUGUUAGGGACUAGCUUUGGCUACUGGUAGCAGUUGGAACAUUUAAACUGUGGACACAUCCUAGUACCGCUUGGGGUGGGGUGGUUGGAGGGCUGCCAUAAGAAGACAUUGGGGAUGAAGUGAAAAUGGUGAUCUCCGUUGUAUCUCGUGGUAUAAGCCAUUGCAACAAUGGAUUGUACCUUCCACCAUCCUUUCUACAUUUCGUCAGAUGCAUGGCUCUUUGGUCAAUGAAGAAGGAUCCAGAACUUGAAGCGGCUCUCUCACGAAACCGUCGAUGGGUUGUAAACAAUCAGAUCAAGAAUAUAAUCCUUGGAUAUCCCAGCCAGGAGGCACCCGUCAAAUUUCUUCAGAGGAAGUUUAAGACUCUUGAUCUUCAAGGGAAAGCGCUAAACUGGCUUAAAAAGUAUCCUUGUUGCUUUGAAGUCCAUCUAAGGGGUGAUGAAUAUUAUUGUCAUCUGUCGAAACGGAUGAUGUAUUUAGUAGACGAGGAAGAGUCAGUGAAAAGUAUGCAAGAACCAGUUUUCGUGGAACGGUUGGCAAAAUUGUUGAUGAUGAGCACAAAUCAGAGGCUUAAUCUUAUGAAAAUCAACGAGUUGAAACGUAACUUUGGGUUUCCUGAUGAUUACAUGCUCAGGAUUGUUGCAAAGCACGGGGAUAUAUUUCGGGUUGUAAAUCAUAGUGGGAGAAAGAGUUCUAUGGAGCUUGAGCUUAUAUCAUGGGACCCUGAUUUAGCUGUCUCUGCAAUUGAAGCCUCAGCUCACAGGCAUGGUUCUGAGCCAUGCUUUUCAUGUUCAUUGCCUUCAAGCUGGGUUAAAUCAUGGGAAAGGUUUCAUGAAUUUAAUUCAACUCCUUACAUUUCACCGUAUGUAGAUCCUCGAGGUCUAACAGAGGGAUCCAAGGAAAUGGAGAAGAGGACUGUGGGUUUGGUCCAUGAGAUACUAUCUUUGACCUUGUGGAAGAAAGCAUCGAUCUUGAAACUUGGUCAUUUCAGGAGAGAGUUUUCUUUACCAGAGAAAUUGAAUAUUUUGCUGCUGAAGCACCCUGGUAUUUUCUAUGUUUCAAACAAAUAUCAAUUAUAUACUGUUCUUCUUAGAGAAGGAUAUAAUGGAUCUGAAUUGGUUGAAAAGGAUCCUCUGGUUAUUGUGAAGGAGAAAUUUGGAGAAUUAAUGCAAGAGGGGCUUCAUGAGUACAAUCGAAGGCAUUAUCUAGCAAAUUUAGAGAAGAAAAGGAGAAUUGGGAUGGGUUUAGAUAGAUUAGACAAAAGGAAGGAGAAAAGUGGUGAAGUUUCUGAACAGGAUCAAGGUGAGGGACUAGGUAGUUUGUUUGACCCAGAAGAAAGAAGGCGAUUUUACAAAGUUCUAUUUGAUGACAAAUCUCCUUAAUUUUUAGCUAAGGAAGCUGAAGCAUGGCACAUUUUAUGACUCAAAUUACAAGAAGAGAUGAACAUCAAAAGACGGUCACUGGUUAACCAGAUCUAAUUUCUUGAAAGAUAUGGAUGGAAGAGCAUCAAGUUCUGGAUUUGCUGUUCUGGAGAUGGAGUUAGCUUCCAAUUGUCUCCUUUGGAGAGAAGAAAUUAAAGAUCUCCAUGAAGAGAAGCGCAGAGGUGGUGGCGGCUCUGCCGGGACAACGGUGGGAAGCUGGCGUCCCUUGGGGAGUUCCUUGAGAUUGGAGCUCGAGUGGCAGUUCGGGGAUAGCGCGUUCUACAAUGGCGCGCCACCGUCGAAGCCCGAGAGGAUCGCAAACAGCAACAGUCAGUAGAGGAAUGGGAGGGUCCUGUUCAACCGACAGCCAGGUUCUGCUGCCAGCAGUGGACGUCAGCGACGGGAUGCCGUUGGCUGACGACAGGGUUCUUGGACGAUUCCCAGUGUCAAUCACUGGGCUCUGUUCUUGAUUCUGUGAGAGAGAUUCUUGUUGUCAUUCGUGAUUGAUCAUUCUCUGAAAGCUUUGUCAUUUAGGAGUUGAUGUUCAGUAUAAAAAAGCAUUAAUUUUGGCUUCA